AUGAUUUUUAAUGGUAAUCAAUUAGCUAAUUAAAUAUUGUAAACUCUUCGUAUAAGUUCAAAAAUAAAGCCAAAAUUAGGAAUUUGUUUAGUAGGAGAUUCACCUGCAUCGAAAUCUUAUGUGAAUAGAAAAUUAAAAGCAUGUUAGGAAAUAAAUGUUGAUGCAGAAGUAUUUAAUUUUAAAGAGAAUGUCGGAUAGGAUUAAUUGAUAAAACACAUAAAAUAAAUGGAUCAUGAUGGGAUAUUAGUGUAAGUAUUUUAAAUAAUUAAAAUAUUGAUAGUUACCAUUACCAUAACAUCUAAACAAAUUGGACAUAAUACAUUCAAUUCCAUAUGAGAAAGAUGUAGAUUGUUUACAUAUGCAUAAUUUAUAAAGAAUUUUAGUAUAUGGUGAAUUAUGUGAGAUGUUACCAUGCACUCCAGCAGCAGUGUUAUAGAUUUUGGAUUAUUAUGAUAUAAAUGUGGUUGGAAAGAGAGUAACAAUGAUAGGUCGAAGUUUUUUGGUUGGAUUACCUUUAUCUUUGCUGUUAUAAAAAAGGAAUGCAACAGUGACUGUAUGUCAUAGAGAAACAUAAAAGUUAGAUGAACAUAUAAUGAAUGCAGAUAUAGUAAUAAGUGCUGCUGGAUAACCAAAACUCGUAAGAAAUGUUAAAUAAGGAGCUAUAGUAAUUGAUGUAGGGAUUUCAUAAGGUGAAAAGAAAGGUAAGAUAGUAGGAGAUGUAGAUUUUGAUAUUGUGAAACAUUAAGCAUCAAUUAUAACUCCAGUUCCAGGAGGAGUAGGUCCAAUGACAGUUUGUAUGUUGAUGAGAAAUUUGUGCAAUAUUUGGAAAAAAAAAUUAGGUUAGCCUGUUUAUAUCAAUCCAAAAUUGAGUGAAGCCUAUUUGAAUGAUUGAUUAAAAUUAAUAUGAG